AAAAUAUCUAAUUUAUCCCUAUUUUCCCCCCUAUUUCUUUGAAUUUGUUAUAAUGUUUAUUUUUAUUUGAAUUACCGAAAAUAGUUUUGUGUGUUACGUUGAUUAAAAUUGUUUAAUAAAGGGGAAUAAAGGUGUGAAGUGUAGGUUAUUUUAUGAGUGAAUGCGGUUUCGCGGGGGCACGUGAUUGGUCCACGUCUGAGGUGUCGAGUUUAUCAUCGUUUACAAUUUUCCCCGCUUAUUUCCGUAUUUUAGGUGAAUUUCGAGGGUUAUCCGGAGGUGUAAGAGAACUUAUUGCCUCGUGGACUCCGGAAAAUAGUGUUGGAAAAGUUACAUAUGUGAAUGAGAGUGAGAUAUGUCAGCCUCUCUGGAUCACCCUCCCGGCAGAUGUCGUCGCUGACGUCUCUUAUAAUUGCCAUUAUCUCGCAUAUUUCGUUCGUCAGGAGACUAUGGAGGUUCAGUGGUUCGUCUUCUUGAUAUUUGUCAUCGUUGUGGCUGCGGUAGAAGCGCUGGAGAGCGAUGUAAACCGCGAAAACCGGGAUGAUGUGGAUGUGGAUCGUCCCCCUCCUGGUCCCCCUGCCGGGGAUCAUGUGAAUCGUCUCCCUCCUGGUCCCCCUGCCGGGGAUCAUGUGGAUCGUCCCCCUCCUGGUCCCCCUGCCGGGGAUCAUGUGGGUCGACUCCCUCCUGGUCCCCCUGCCGGGGAUCAUGUGGAUCGUCCCCUUCCUGGUCCUCCUGCCGGGGAUAAUGUGGAUCGUCUCCCUCCUGGUCCCCCUGCCGGGGAUAAUGUGGAUCGUCUCCUUCCUGGUCCCCCUGCCGGGGAUGAUAAAGGAACCGUCAUCCUCUGGUGGACACCAUUUACCGGGGCCGGCCAAGGCCAGGCUCGCACCUGCUCCCUAGGUACCUGCUUCUUCACUGAGGACCGCACCUAUUUCCAGCAAGGAAGAGCCCAGGCUGUGCUCUUUUAUGGCAGUGACUUCAGCGUGGAAGACCUGCCUCUGCCACGGCAGUCACCUCGCCUGUGGUGGGGCCUCCUUCAUGAAGAAUCUCCCAAAAACCAGCCGCUUUUUGAUCACCAGAGCGUUCUGGAGCUGUUCAAUCUGACAGCUACCUUCAGAAGGGAGUCGAAUUUUCCCCUGACUCUACAGCAUCUGGAGUCAGUCGAGUCCCUCACCUCCAGGGAUGAAUUCGUCCCAACAGGAGUCAAGAACAGACUUAUGGUGGAGGAAAGUCUGGCUGCAGUUGCUUAUGUUCAAUCUGACUGUGAUUCACCGUCAGAAAGAGACAGUUACGUGGAGGAACUGGCUAAAUAUAUCAAGAUAGACUCCUAUGGUUCCUGUCUUCACAACCGUGACCUCCCAGGUCAUCUCCACGACCCGGCGGCUACUUACGACCAUCCUGAGUUCCGAGCCAUUAUGUCCAAAUACAGAUUUACCCUGGCCAUAGAAAAUGCCGCGUGUAAUGACUACAUAACCGAAAAGUUAUGGAGGCCUUUGACUCUUGGAUCAAUCCCUAUAUACUGGGGUUCUCCCUCUAUCAAGGACUGGGAACCAAACCCCGGUUCUAUAAUUCUCAUCAGCCAGUUCGAAUCCCCGAAACACUUGGCAAAACACCUCUAUAAACUGUUAGAAAACCAAACUUUGUAUGACUCUCACUUAAAACACAAACUAGACCAGAUAAUCACCAAUAUUAAUCUUACCAGUUCCAUUCGUCAGAGAGAAUGGGGCAUCAAUAACGACUUCGAAAAAGGGAAUUUCAUUGAACAUUUUGAGUGCUACGUUUGUGAUCAACUCAUCAGGAGUGCCAAGACAAAAGAAAAAGAACUUAGAGCUUCAUUAGACCAUUAUGGCUGUCCUGUACCGCCAAGUGUAUCAACUGGCCAGCCAAAUUCAAAAAGUUUCUGGGUGGAACAGUGGCACAGAGCGCGUGUUGAAGCCAAGGUACUUAAUCGACUUAUUAAAAAUAAUCUAGUGUUCUCAACUGAUCAUUUCUACCACGAUGUGAUUGAGGAAUUGCAGAAAGAUCAAUUUUUUGUUAAAUUACCCCCAGAACACGUCGAACUUUAAAAAUAUUCUUGUUUAAGUUGUAAAUCAGCCGCCAUGUGAAAGGUGACAAAUGUGGUGACCAGAUCAACAUUAUUAAACAUGUUAACCUUGUUGGUGAUUAAUAUUAAUUAAUAUUUCAAAAAUGUUUAGGAGUAGGCUGUGAGGAAAGCCUACACGAAUGUUACGUGUUGUGACGCGUUCUGUGGCCUUCAGAGAUUACUACAGUAGGAUCAUUAACGUUACAUGUCAGUUUUUCACCACCAGACAGGAUUCCUUUAAUUCCUGUAAUAGGGAUUAAAUUAAUCUUUCAGCAUACUUACCCUGGGAGCUAUAUACCUCCUAGUAACAUACACUGGGAGAUAUACACCUCCCAGUAGCAUACACUGGGAGAUACACACCUCCCAGUAACAUACACUGGGAGAAAUAUACCUCCCAGUAACAUACACUGGGAGAUACACACCUCCCAGUAACAUACACUGGGAGAUAUAUACCUCCCAGUAACAUACACUGGGAGAAAUAUACCUCCCAGUAACAUACACUAGGGGACAUAUACCUCCAAGUAACAAACACUGGGAGAUAUACACCUCCCAGCAUCAUACACUGGGAGAUAUACACCUCCCAGUAACACACACUGGGAGAUACACACCUCUCAGUAACAUACACUGGGAGAUAUACACCUCCCAGUAACAUACACUGGGAUAUAUACACCUCCCAGUAACAUACACUGGGAGAUAUACACCUCCCAGUAACAUACACUGGGAGAUAUACACCUCCAAGUAACAUACACUGGGAGAUAUACACCUCCCAGUAAC